AUCUAUCUUUCCCUCUAUCUCUACCGACAUGUAUGCUAGAGAAUAUCAGUCUCACCAAUUAAUGUUAGAGAUUAAGACGUUACUUAAACUAUUAGUUGAAUCUCAAUGCUCCCAGUUGAGCACUCAAAACCAGAUAUUAGAUAUUUUACAAAGCAUUGGUAAUGCAGGUAAUCGUUAUAAGACGGAUAAUCAUAAAGCUUUCCGAAACCCGUCAUCCUCCUACUCUCAUAAGCCGCAAGCUACGAUGUUGUCACCAACAACAGUAUUGACACCAGAAGAAGAUGCCAACAAGAGUAGUAAUGCUACAGCUAAAGUUUCAGAAAACGGGAAAGAGUCACCAUCAGUAGUGCUUGAGGAGAUCACACAGGCCUUACCUGAGGAUAAUAAUAAUGAACAAUAUCAGCAGCCGCCAUUUGAACAUCAACUUUGUGAUUUCACCGGAAAUAAUACGACCAUGGAGCGGAAUUUAAAAUCAAAUAUAGCGUCGUCCCUUGUCCGUCGAUUUCCAGGAUUGGUUAGUACGAAGUCGAGAAGCCGUAUUGGUCCAAGCAAUAUGGGCUUGAAGUACUUCUCGAGAAGCCGUCAACAUUCUUAAGUGGAGCUAAGCUAACAUGGUGCCAAAGUUGCAUUUAUUCAUGUUCGUUAGUUAGUUCCCUUAAUAAAAUUUACACUGCAGGAACAAAGUCAUUACGUACUCAUGAAUAUUAGUUCUGUAUAUGCUUCUAUUUCUGCCCUAUUUAUUUAUCUCAAAGCAAAUACGUAAUUUCAUCUACAUGUGUGGGUAUGUGUUCCAGUAAUUCAAGUGGACAUCCAAUUAGAUAAUAAAAAGUCUUGGGAAAUAGAUGAGGGCACUGAAUCAGACGAAGAGAACCCUUCACCGAGCAGAAUGAGGGCCAAUAUUGAGAAUGCAGGUAACUCUUCAAAGAGAUCAAGAGGCAUCAAAGAAAGUGAAGAUGAUCUUUCUGAGGGCUCAAAAGUCCCGAUAUCAACUAGUAAAGACUCGUCAAUUAUCAAGUCCAUUUCAAUCCUCUUCAUGCGUUUUUCUUUCCCUUGGGACUACACUGGUUGCUUAAUUUGUUUAAACCUCUCUUUAAAAAUUUCAAGUGGUUUGGUGACCAAAGAAUUACCAUACAUUAAUCUAUGCUAGUAGGCCCUCCUAUAGUUAAACCAACAGUAUAAUAUUAAAAUAACAAAUGUAGGCUUUAAUUUAAUUUUACUUGAUUUUGAUUGUACAAGCAAAAGCUGUUGGACAAGCAGGUCCUCACGAUGGUGCAAAAUAUGUUGGAACAACUCGGAAAAACAAUGAACAGGAAAGAGAUGGCGGAGUUUUUUUGACAGUUCUACCUCCAUAAAGAUGGCUAUAAAGCAUGGAUACACUGAGUUUAUAGUGGCGACCCUUGAGAAAUUUAACUACCUAAUUUUCCAGGAAAUGGGAGGACGAACAAUGCCACAGAUGGCUGUUCAAGAACGAAAUGAUACUAUUUUGAAUUACUUGUGUGAAACCGCUGAUAUUAUGGGGGGAAAAAUAAGACUAUAUUCUAAAGAAGAUAAAAGUUACAACACUCUCUUGCACUAUGCUGCAAAGUUAGCGCUUUUGGCUUAACUCAAUUUGGUUUCUGGUGCAGCUCUACAGAUGCAACGUGAACUACAGUGGUUCAACGUAAGCAUGCAGUUCUACGUAUUGGGGUAGACUCUUUUUAAAACAUAGAUAUGUCCAGCCUAGAGUUGAUCAAUACAAUGGUACUAAGAAAAAUAAUUGAGCUUUAAAUCAGGUUGU